AGUACUGGGGUCCCCACCUCUGGGGCUGGAGAAGCAGGGGUCCCCUGAUAGGGGGUGGAGGGUUCCGGGGACCGGACGCCGGGGUUCCUGGAAAGGGAGAUGAGGAGUUUUCACCGAAACUGGGGCUCACGCAGGAAGCCUGGGGGAGUAGGAGGCGGAAACUCAGCCACAUCAAGGGACCGAGGGAGGAGCGGGGAGGUGCCUGGGCGGGAGAGAGACGCAGGCUGGCGGGUGGCUGUCCCAGACUUGCACUUCUGUCCCUUCAAGACCCAACCACAGGCAUGAGGGGCCCCCGGCCGAGAUGACAGUGCUGGCGCCAGCCCGGAGCCCAACCGUGCGUAUUAGCAGGGGCCACAAGUGGUUGCUGCUGCUGCUGCUGCUGAGCCCCAGCCUCUGCGGGACCCCGGACUGCUCCUUCAACCACAGCCCCAUCUCCUCCAACUUUGCUGUCACCAUCAGCAAGCUGUCUGACUACCUGCUGCAAGACUACCCAGUCACAGUGGCCUCCAACCUGCAGGACGAAGAGCUCUGCAGGGCACUCUGGCGGCUGGUGCUGGCUCAGCGCUGCCUGGAGCAGCUCAAGGCCGUGGCUGGGGCCCAGAUGCUGGUCCUCCUGGAGGCUGUCAACACCGAGAUCUACUUCGUGACCUCAUGUGCCUUCCAGCCCCUUCCCAGCUGUCUUCGCUUCGUCCAGACCAACAUCUCGCACCUCCUGCAGGACACCUCGGCGCAGCUGCUGGCGCUGAAGCCCUGGAUCACCCAACGCAAUUUCUCCCGCUGCCUCGAGCUGCAGUGUCAGCCGGGACAGGCCACUGAGGCAUCCCCUACCAGAGGAUCCGCCGCCCGGACCAGCAGGACCAAGAGACCGGUGGCUGGAGGCCGGCUCUUUCGCCCUCUGCCCAGCGUGGAGGCCACGCCAGGACCCAGCCCCAGCAGCGCCGCUCGCCCCGUGACACUGGACAUAAACCCUCCUUCCCGAUCUGCCCUGGCCAGGCCUGUCUGUGGGUGACAUGGGGGUGGCGUCAGUGUGGGGCCUUUUGGUCUCCAAGUCUUGGGUUUUCCAGCAAAUGCAAUGCCCUCGUGGACCCCAGGACCGGCGCGGGGCAACGCUGGACCUCGGAUGGGAGGCAGCAGCGGCACGGGACCCUAGAAGAAAA